AUGUACACAUCGCCCGUCGCUCUUAUUAUUAAGUACUUGUUUUAUAUAGAAUUUAUUUUAUCAUUAGUUGGAAGUUUAUUACUAGUUAUUUGUGUAUUAGUAAGAGUAGCUUUUUUGACUUUAUUAGAACGUAAAGUUUUGGGUUAUAUUCAGAUUCGUAAAGGUCCAAAUAAAGUUGGUUUAAUAGGAAUUCCUCAACCUUUUUGUGAUGCGAUUAAAUUAUUUACAAAAGAACAAACUUACCCUCUUUUGUCUAAUUAUUUAAGAUAUUAUAUCUCUCCAAUUUUUUCAUUAUUUUUAUCUUUAUUUGUUUGAAUAUGUAUACCUUUUUUUGUUAAAUUGUAUUCUUUUAAUUUAGGGGGUUUAUUUUUUUUAUGUUGUACUAGACUAGGUGUUUAUACUGUUAUAGUAGCUGGUUGGUCUUCAAAUUCUAAUUAUGCUUUGUUAGGGGGGUUACGAGCUGUUGCUCAAACAAUUUCGUAUGAAGUUAGAUUAGCAUUAAUUCUAUUAUCUUUUAUUUUUUUAAUUGGUAGAUAUAAUAUGGUAUAUUUUUUUUAUUAUCAAAUUUAUAUUUGAU